CUCCACUCGCGCCUUCUUCUAAAAAAAACACCAUCAUUUUCUUCCUGACUGAGGUGCAGAAAGCGCUUGUUGUGGCCAGGCUAGCGGCUCAACAACAAAUCACUACAGGAAGGGGUAUUUCUGCAACGCCUGUGGUCAAGUUUUGAAAAACAAAACAAAAACAACAACAAACGGUUUAAUUAAAACCUUGUCGGAACCUGUGGGUCCCCGGGUCUACCCGAUGAGCAUGAGCCAGACUACAGAACCCACUAACGAUGGCGCCACUGUUACAGAAGAGGCUAAAAUAACGACGGAUGAGAAGGAGAAGGCGGCAGAGGAAGUGUUAAAGGAGGCAGAGGAAGAAGAGGAGGAGGAAGAGUACGUGGUGGAAAAGGUCCUGAAUCGGCGGGUGGUAAAAGGCAGAGUGGAGUACCUUCUCAAGUGGAAAGGGUUUUCUAAUGAGGAUAACACUUGGGAGCCGGAGGAAAACUUGGACUGUCCAGAUCUGAUAGCAGAAUAUCUACAGAAACAGAAAUCGGCCCACGAGGGAAAGAGGAAAGCAGCCGGAGACUCCGAGGGCGAUGAGAGCAAAUCGAAGAAGAAAAAGGACGAUAACAUUGUUGUCUUAACAACCCUGAAAAUGGAGAAGAGACACGCCUAUGAAGCACAGUUUAAACUGAAGGCUAUCAGCUACGCAGAGGAACAUGGAAAUCGAGCAGCCGCGAGAGAAUUCAAGAUUAAUGAAUCGAUGGUUCGCAAGUGGAGGAAGCUGGAAAACAAACUCCGACAGGUGAAGAAGACGCAGCGGAGUUUCCGCGGAAAUAAGGCGAGGUGGCCCGAGUUGGAGGAAAGACUGGAGCGGUGGAUCAUCGAGCAAAGAACGAGUGGGGCGAGCGUUUCCACGGUCACUGUUCGACUAAAAGCAGUAACGCUAGCGGAAGAAAUGAAAAUUGAACAUUUUCAAGGAGGUUCGUCGUGGUGCUUUCGUUUUAUGAAACGGCGCCAUUUUUCCAUCCGGACCAGGACUACAGUAGAGCAGCAACGUCUGAUGCAUCAUAAUGAAAAGCUGGCGAGCUUCCACUCCCACUGCAGCAAACACAUCGCCCACAAACGCAUCCAGCCAAGCCACAUCACCAACACGGACCAGGUGCCGCUCACUUUCAACAUCCUGGUGAAUCACACGGUGGAGAAGAAGGGGACCAGCACGAAUGAGAAGUUAAGAGGCUUCGCUCGAGGCCUGGAGCCAGAGAGGAUCAUCGGAGCCACAGAUUCUACAGGAGAGCUCAUGUUCCUCAUGAAAUGGAAGCAUUCGGAUGAGGCCGACCUGGUGCCAGCAAAAGAAGCCAAUGUGAAGUGUCCACAGGUGGUGAUCUCCUUCUAUGAAGAGAGACUCACCUGGCACUCGUAUCCUCCAGAGGAGGAGAAAAAAGAUGAGAAAAACUGAGGCAUGGCAACGUUAUCGACUCGGCUGGGGAAGACAAACGAAAAGACCAGCAAGACAUUUCGUGGACUCAUUCGUCGUUUUGGUGUUCAACUCAAUCAAUGCAGUCAUUUAUGUGUCCUUUCCAGUCUGUGUUUCAACAUUCACCUUCGUUUAAAUAUGGCAUUCAAAACCGACAGCUGUUCAAUGUGGGACAUUUUUAUUUUUCUGGGAAAACUGGGUUUGCAAAAUUAAGUGAUUAUCGGUUCAUUUUAUCAGUGUAAAGAAACUGAAUUAUUCUCAAAUCAUUUUCUAAUACAAAUUAACGAUGAGCUACUGAGCAUUUAAAAAGUUAAAAUUUUAAGAUAUGUUUGUAAUCUGUUCUAAUAGUUUUUUUUUUUUUCUCCUGAUAUUUUAGAUUAGGCAUAAAAAGAGCCCAAAGCAGGCAUGUUUUCUUAAUUUUGGAUCGUUUAUGAGGUGGUCAUGUUUGUUGCUGUUCUGCUUUUUUACAGUACGAGUUGUUUUUUUUUACACCAGUUCGGGUUUUAUUUACAUACGUGCAGAAAUCCCUGUUGUUUUUGUUGGGCUUUUCCUUCUCCCCAGUUUUCACUGUGAC